UGAUUUGAACAACGCGCUGCUUUGUCAAAAAUCGGUUAACUGAAACGAAUCCGAUUAUGAAUCAGCUAGAGGCGCUAGAGGGUAGGCAUAACGUUAUUGCCUUCAUGCGACUCUAGCGUUAGAGAACGGAAACCAAUCCGUUCUACGGCCCUCAAAAAAUCCGUUUUUUAACGACACGGAAUCGGAUCAGUAUCAGUUCACUGGUGAAGACUGUGUUGUUAAGUAGGCCUUGUUAUACGAGAUAAGUUUAGCUCGAGAGUUUUAUUGCUUAAUAUCGCGGUGUCUGCUAUAUUUGGAAGUUCACUGUAUUUUUUUUUGUGCUAUGGCGACGAAUAGUUUUUUCAGUGAAGAUGAUUUACAAGAAAAUGGUCAGUUGCAGAAUCAACAAACGAGUAUUGAAAUUCUUAGGGGAAAGAAGAGGAAACCUGUGAAAUAUAUUCCUUCACCUAGUAAGCCUCCCCACAAUAGGAAAACAAUGGAAUCAAGAAUUGCCUCAUUAAAAUAUUUGAUCAAUCAAUUAUUUCAUGAGAACAACUGCCACAUUGUUGCCUUCAUUGCCCAAGAAAAUGAAGUAAGAUGGUCCUCUGAUUUGAUAUAUCCAGAACAUAUUCCUGAAUUGGUUCCAAAAAAAACAAAAGAAGGAAAAAAACAGUUGUCUCCCAUCACAGAAUUUAUCGAGUCAGUUCAAGUUGAAGGAGUGAAGAAAUUAUGGACUAAAAUCUACAACAAACAACAGGCUAUUCGUGAAAAAACACCUGAAUGGACCCAAGCUAAGAAUAAGAGAAUAAUGGAAAGCAAGUCAAAAAGAGACGGAAGAAAAAAAACGCAGCUGGAAGCUGCUGACAUGGCCAAGACAAACUUGUCGCCCGACUUUAUUUUGAAACAAGAAGCUAACGUGCUAUCCAGCAACAUCAUCGCGUCUGCAGCCAGCGGGGAAAUAGUGCGUGAUGGAGACAUCAUUGCUGAAAAUACCGUUAACACUGAAGGGAAUGCUGAGAAAGUCUCUCGUCAAUGCGCGUUGUCUAACGAAACGGCUGCAAAGCCCGUCAUUUCAACACCUCUAAUAAGCUGCACAGAUAAGAGAGGAGGAAAGCAAGUCGACAAAGUGUAUUCGUGGCAAGGACAAAUGUAUUUUUGGUGUCCGUUUGCAAAACCAUGCCCUAAGUAUAUCCUAACCGUUGCUUUUCCAAAAGACGCGAGGGUCAUAAAUCUUCCUGAGGAUCCAGCAAAUUUAAGAAAUUGUUACGUCGACUUUUGAAACUCCGGCAUAAUGUUAUCUUACGUACCUCGCUUUCCGUGUUCCCUUCCAAGAAGAAUUUGUUGUUGCUAUUCCUGAAUCUAUUUGCAAUUUUCAAUGAGCAAAUGAAUGGAGGCAAAUAAUAUUUGAAAAUAUUUCUCUUUUAUUCUUUUUCGCGCCUCCCUGGCCGCUCGGUUUCUGAUCGGUUUCUGAACGGGUUGCGUAAUCGGACUGCAUAACCCAAUCACAUGCAGUAGAUGUUUUAUAUCCUCAUAACCAAUAUAUUUUUUAUUAUUGCUAAUAUAAUUAAUCAACUGUAAGCCGACCAGAACUCUUUAAGUGUCCCUCUUUAAGCGACCAUUUUACACAAUGGCGCCAGAUCUCCCGGACCCUAUGCGACCCGCGGGGAAAAGUUAAGUUGACUCGAUCGGAGCCAAUGGAGAGCGGCUGAUCACGACUGAUUGUUGCUGAGCCCUAGCCAUAUGCGAACAUAUAUUGAAUUGUUUCUUACUUGUUGUGAAUCAUUAAAGAUUUUUUCAUGGAAAAGUCCGGAAAUAUACAAAAAUUUUAUCAUUUA